GUGUCCAUAGGAUUGACAACUGUGGUUUUAAAAUCUAUAUAUGUAGAUAUGACCCAAACGUGGUAAAUGAUAAUGAAAAAAUCGUUCUCGGAAUUAUAAUAAUUAUUGUAUUGUGUAUAGUACCAAAUUAUUAUGUACAACAGUUUCUUAACUAGAGUUCAACGCACUAAACGGAAACAACACCGCCAAAAGCCAUCCUAUCAAUAAAAUUUAAAAAUCGCGCUCGAAACAUCAUUCAUCUACCGUAAGUUUUACAACCAUUUCUAGAUCGCUAGAGAAGGGGCGCGCGGUAUUUAAGCAUGGAGAAAUGCUCUCACCGCAUCCACUCACCUGAGUCCUUCCGACAACACAUCAUGGCAGCCAAGCUGAUCGUUGUGGCGACCGCCCUCGCCCUGUGCCAGGCUACCCCGGCCCUAUACAACGGUUUUUAUUUCCGUGAUGGGCGGAACUUCGCCAUGGGCAAGGCGUACAGCAACAACUUCGGCAGCCAGGCUUCUGGAGAAGCCGCGGUGAGCGAUGGCUCCGCGCAGGCCUACGGCAGCGUCUCCGGCGACCACUUCGCCCGCGCCGACCUCAUCUACCCGGCCCAGGCCAGCGCCCAGGCCGAGCUUUAUGACGCCCCCGCCAUCCCCGUCUAUGGAUCCGCUAAAGCUGUAGCGGAAGCUCAGAACGGCGAAGCCAUUUUGUACGCUCCCGCUCCCGCUACCAUCGUCUCUUAUGAGCAGAACUUUGCACCCGCUGAGAUUAGUUACGAAGUCCCGGCUGCUCAGUCCGCACAGUCCACUGCUUCGAUAAACGGCGGUAGCGACUCUUCCAUCGCUUCGGCUUUAUCCAAUGGUGCUGGAUCCGCCAUUUCGUCUGCCCGCACCCAAGGAAUCGGGAGCUACAGCACUUCUAGCAACGCCAACACCUACGGCUCCGGCUUUGGAUCGGCUUCCUCGAACGCCAACUCAGGUGUCGGCUCGGCAAUCACUGCCGCGAGGACUCAAGGCUUGAGCAACGGAUACAGCUCUGCCACUUCCCAGGCUGAUGGCGGUCUGGCGAACCGUGCCACUGCUGACGCCAAAUCUAACGGAGGGUACGGAUCUGCCUCUUCUACUGCCGAUAACGCUCAAGGCUCCGGUAUCAGCUCGGCUAAGACUCAAGGCUACACCGGCUCAGCUGCCUCCGACGCAUCCGUGAACACCGGAUACGACAGCGUGAUCUCCGCCGCUAAAGUCGCACCUGAGCCUCAGAAGAGGAUCCACUGGCGCUUCGGAACCCUCUACGGCACUCCUUCUCACAUCAACACUCGCGCUCAGGCUAACGCUAACGGCUUCAACGCUGCCAAAUCCACCGCUGACGUGCAUCAGGCUGGCUCCGCGCACUCCGCCGCCAACACUUACGGCUCGGACGGCUCCGCCAACGCCAAUGCCAACGUGAACGGAGGCUACGGCUCCACCAACUCCGAGGCCAACACCCACGGCUCCGGUUUCGCCAAGAGCGCCGCCAACACUCAAGGAUCUAGCUAUGGCUCCGCUCAGUCUCAGGCCAACACUCACGGUUUUGGCGCGGUCAAGUCAUCUGCCAACACCGGUUACGGCUCUGCCAACGCUAACGCUGACGUCAACGGAGCAGCUGGUUUCGCGAAGUCCGCAGCCAACAACGGUUUGGGUUACAGAUCAGCUGUGUCUUCAGCCAACAGCAAUGGUUUCGGAUCGGCGCGCUCGGACGCCAAUGUAGCGGGCUCCGCCUUCAGCGCCAGCAACGCCGCGCGCCUCGCCGCCUCGUCCGCGCGGGCGCAAGCCGUGGACGCUGUCUACAAGGUUGCCGAGUCCGCCGCCAACACGCACGGGUUCGGCUCGGCGCACGCAAACGCUAGAAUUAACUAAAUCAAUCAGUGAAAUAACAAGCAAGUACAGCAAGAUGACAAAGGACUUAUCUUGAUGUAUUGCCUCGAAAUACUUAAUUUAGUUAAAUUAUUUAUUUGUUAGCUAUAAGGAUGGCUGCGGUGGUGAAAUAAAAGACUUUCAUUUACUUCUGUUCUUGAUUCAAAAAUAUUUCCUACUGCAAAAUCACAAUACUUAAAUAAACCAAUUUCAAGCACAGCCGAAAUAAUAGAAGAAGUAAAAAAUAAUAGGAACAGCAGAUAAAAAAUAAUAUGAACAGGCAUUAUCUAAUAGAAAGACAGAAAAAAAAGACAGGUGGUCCCUAAUAUACUUCUAGCAAAGUGCAAUUUUUCUUUGAAAGAACUUAACGCGCUUUUCGUAUGGUUUGAGUAAUGU